AUGUACCAGCGAAACGCCAACUUCAACUCCUCGUGGCGGCCUUUUAGCCACGAUCCCAAGGUCCACCUCAUCGAAGGCAGCACGGGCGGUGCCUUCAGAUGGUUCAACCCAACGCAUGCUCGCUUCGCCCAAGUCCCCGACUUGAUCGGCUGGGACGACUUCGAUGUAACAGACGAGAAUGCUCUGCCAGCCAACGCUGAGUAUGAGUGGUCCACUCGAGACCUCCGCAAAGGCCGACAUGCGCUGGUGGUGAGGAGCGGCGAGGAGAGCAGCAGUAAGUUCGAGCUCCCGCCAGCGACUGGAACAUGGAAAGGCACGCUGAAAGCCGUCUCCAAUAUGUUCACGACAUUCCCCUACAACAACAUCAGCUGGCAUAUCGCCAUCGUCUUCACAUUCGGAAGUGUCAUUUGGGUCCUCAGCUCCUUCUUCGCCUACAUGCCCAUGGACAAGAAUGCACCCCCUAGCUUGAGUGCAUACGGAUGUGGAAUCACAGCAUUCAUAGGAUCCUGCGUCUUCGUGCUCGGCAGCAUUCUCCUGAUGAUGGAGACCGUCAAGGACAAUCGAGAUGCCGAGUUCGGAUGGGCCGUCGACCAGCAGUGGGACGAAAACACUGGGACAACAGUCUAUCGUGUCACGCCGGAGACGAAAAGCGGUCAGGGGCACAAGCAGCGGGAGCUGAAGAGUUGGGCGCCAUCGGUCCGACUGCCGACUUUGAAAGAGCUGAGGGAGCACUACAUCUACGAAGUGGCAUUCUGGUCGUCGAUAAUCCAGCUGUUGAGCUCUUUCGUCUUCCUCGUCUCGGGGAUUACCGCACUGCCCAAGCUCUACGAUCAACUCUCGAGACCUCUGGUGGACGCAGUCUAUUGGACUCCAAAACUGGUGGCUUGCUGUGGCUUCAUCCUCUCGGCGCUGCUCGCCAUGUUUGAGUGUCAGAAGAAAUGGAACAAGCCUGCGUGGAACAACCUUGGAUGGCACAUCGGUCUAUGGAAACUCAUUGGCAGUGUUGGUUUCAUACUGGUGCCCUGCUUUGGCUUCAACAGAGCCGAUUGGGCUCAGUAUCAAGCCACCAUCCACUGCUUGUGGGGAUCCUGGGCAUUUCUCAUCUGCAGUGUGCUGCUCUGGUACGAGAGUGUCACGCAAUACACCGUCGACUACCCUGACACUGCUAAUACAUGA